AUGUCCGAUAAGAUCAGCCUACUCCCUUUGGAGCUCAUCCUUCACAUACUCUCCUAUCUUCCCUUCGAGUCAUUGCUUGCCUUUGGCGAGACGUCUCGCGCCAACUAUGAGUCCCAUACUCUCUGCCUCAAACGCUUACGGCUAGGGGUCUUUGAAAAGCGCAUUCAUUCCGUGAUAGCCUUGCUCCAGGCUGGCUGGACCACGCCGGAUCAGAUGGCUCAGAUCUCUGGUCUCGACAAACUAAAAAGCGACUAUACCAUAUCGAUUAUCCAACCUGCAUUGAAUCCUCUAGUUAGCGACGUAACCGGCAAACAUCUACCAAAAAUCAAAGACUUGAAAAGACGGGGCCCUGUGAUACUGGAAAAAUCCCGGACACUGGAGCAGAUGACACGGGAGCAGAACAAGAUCUUUGCCCAAGUAGUGAAUCGAUACGGCCGAGGACUAAGAGAGCUAGAGUUCAUGGCAUAUGAUCUUGACAGUGAGGGCGCCAUGGCCCUAGCAGCUGGAUGCCAGAAUAUCCUGCAUCAUCUAGCGUUGCGCUUCGAACAUCCACAUAUUCGAGAAGGUCCGAUCAGGCCGACAACUUGGCUGAACCCUGCGCCAGGGAGCACGGCGUGGAAUCUCCUGAUCGGAAUAGGACGGUAUCGGCAACUCGGGCUUUGCGGCUUGCAGACCCUGAUCCUGGAGCGGGCGGGCAUUACUCCGUGGCAGUUGACGAUGCUGGUGAAGAAGAAUCCAAAAUUAACUGUCCUCAAAUUGAGGACAUGUCGCGGUGCUCAGCCCGAGUUUCUGAACUGGCUGGGCGGCACUGCGCAGGACCCAGAUGAACCAAGAACAGCGGGAAAUGGCUUAGCUCCUGGUCAUAAGCUGAAAGUACUCUGGUUGGAAAAUUGCCAUGCAUUGUUACCACAUCCUGUUGAAGAUCAUCUAAAGCUACCUGACCAAGUUUGCGACUUUGGUCUGGAAUGGGUCAGAGGUCUGACAAGCCUAGAAUCUCUCUCUUUCUGCGAGAGUUCGAGUAUUUCACCUGAAUACGUUGACCGGGCAAACAAGAUUCUUUGGAAGAUACCAGAGGUCAUCCCACCAUAUUCUUGCCAUGGGGAUAAGGCUCCUAUUGAAGUUGACCCGGGUCUUCUAUAG